GGCCUUUUGGUCCCGCCGCGGCCUCGGCCGCUAGUAAUCGGGAUCCGCGGGCUUGCAGACGAGAGUGGUCUGGGGGAGAACCCUUUCUUCGAGAAAUACCGAACUAAGAUCCAAGAGCUUCGCAGACUGCAAAAGCAAGAGAAACAAAACCAGGAUUCAUGAAAAAUAAGACGCUUGAUUCUAUACUUAAUGUUGAGAUGAUGAAACAGAAAAAGCCUGAAGAAAUAAAGCAGAUAUGGAAGCAGUACUUUUCUGGAGAAGACACAGUUUAUGCUGUUAUUCCCGGAAAAACUUUUGAUGUCAUGUGGAAACGAAUUCAAAAUUGUCCAUCUUUUCUUUAUGCGCUGCCAAGAAAGGAAGGGUAUGAAUUUUUUAUUGGACAAUGGUCAGGAACAGAACUUCACUUCACUUCUCUGAUAAACAUCCAGACUCAAGGGGAUGUUUCUCCCAGCCAGUUGAUUUUGUAUCAUUAUCCUGAGCUUCAGAAGGAAAAAGGAAUUGUACUGAUGACCGCAGAAAUGGAUUCUAAAUUCUUGAAUGUACAGGAAGCCCAGUGCCUAGCCAGCCAGGUUCAGCUUUUCUAUGCCACAGACCGUCAAGAGACCUACUGGUUAGUGGAAUCAUUUAACCAUCAGCCAAGUGAAUUUAAAUAUAUGUCUGUAAUAAGUGAGCUCGAACAGAACAGAAUUGGGCAAGAACUGAGGCCUCAGGAAGAUGUGCCCUCACCAACCGCUUGAGAGGGGUAGCGGCUUUAACCAAAGACACUCUUGCCGUAGCAAGAGAUCCCACCAUGGGACAGAGUUGCUGUUUUUUUUUCCCCAGAAAGUGUCAUUAAAAAGGAUGCCCUUGGGACUCAAUGGGGAAAAGACUCUCUCUUAUAAAGGGGACUACUUAAUACUGUGACAAUAAUGUAGAGGCACUUGUCCAUUUAUAUCUGAAUGUUAGAAGAACGAUUAAGCAUUUACAAACACUAUAUGAAGUAUUCGAAAUUUCCUCUCUUCCCGGUUGCACACAGCUUGUUGGGUUUUAGCAUGUAUGAAGUUUCUACAUGUCUGUUGUUCAGCAAAAAAAAAAAAUGAAACUGAAAAAAAAAAAGAAGAGCAAAGAAGGGCCUCUCUCAGUGGGUAUGACAAAUUCCUGGACCUGGUAAAAAGUAUUUUACGAUGAGUGACAUGCUAUCAUUCUCAGCCUGAAUGAGAACAAGUUCCCACCUUGUGAAGCAGAAAAGAUAAAUUCAGAACAAGACUAAAGCCCGUGCAAGAGUCACUUUGAAUGUUCUUAAGCAUGUCCAAAAAUGUAUCAAUUAAAAAUGUGAGGUGAUUUUUUAAAAAAAAAUGUAAUGGAGUGGGAUCCAUUUGAAAUGAAAGACUGUUGAGUAUUUACUGAAGUGUUUCUGGUAAUUCCUGUAAUUCUAAACAGCAGGAUGAUACCAGGAUAAUGAAGUUGCAGGAGAAAAAAAAAUAUUGAGGAAGUAUCCAUUUUUUUUUCAUCUUAGAAAUAACCCAGCAUUUGCCUAAACUGGAUCCAAUGUCACCUUUGCUCUUCAUUCAUAAAAAUAGAGUAUACUUUCUAUUACCUUACUUUCUCUGAUUGUUUCUGCUCUUGUAAUGAGUCACUUCACUGAUAGUGGAAGCAGGCAAAAAGUCAUAUAUUGGAACAGGAGCCAGAUGGACUCGUCUUGGGCUUGCUUCAAAAAUAAAUAUCGGUAAAGGAACACUGCCAAAUAUUUUAGUUAAAUAAGAUCAGGAAAAGCAUUUGGAGGUUAUGAGAAUAUUUCCUAAACAUUUCCUUCUGUAUUUUAAUUAUGCACUCCAACUUGUGUUCCACCUGUUGAACAGUAUAUGCUGUCAAGAAAACCAUAAAUUGAUUUCUCAGGCAAAUUGUUCAGAACAUAUGUGAUUCUCAUACUCUGAAAAUCAAAGUAUUGUAAACACGUAAAUGAAAAGAUGUGUAUUGAUUAAUUUAUGAAAUCUCUAUAUUUUUGCUUUGGAAUUAAAACAGUAUUCUACA